AGUCCCUCGUGCAACUUCCAGGGCGCACUCGACCGGGCGGCGGCGCGCAGCUGCCGAGACCCAGCGCGGGGCCGCAUGGAGGCCACGGAGAAGCAGUACCUGUUAGACGCCAGGUCUGGAGCUCGGUCGUACAUGGGAUCUCUGUGGCAGGAUGGGACUGGCUGGAUCCCUCUGCCUGGACACAGCCUGGACUUACAGGCCAUUGAGGUGGCUGCCCAGAGCAACCAUUACUGUCAUGCCCAAAAGGAUCUUGGCAGUGAAGGUGACCCCAAGAAGGAACGGGCCCGGCGCCAACUCUAUGUGGCCUCUGCCAUCUGCUUGGUGUUCAUGAUCGGGGAAGUCAUUGGUGGGUACCUGGCACACAGCUUGGCCAUCAUGACCGAUGCAGCCCACCUGCUCACUGACUUUGCCAGCAUGCUCAUCAGCCUCUUCUCCCUCUGGAUGUCCUCCCGACCAGCUACCAAGACCAUGAACUUUGGCUGGCAGCGAGCUGAGAUCCUGGGAGCCCUGGUCUCUGUGUUGUCCAUCUGGGUCGUGACUGGGGUACUAGUGUACUUGGCUGUGGAGCGGCUGGUCUCUGGGAACUAUGAGAUCGAGGGGAACACCAUGCUGAUCACAUCGGGCUGCGCUGUGGCUGUGAACAUCAUAAUGGGGUUAACCCUUCACCAAUCUGGCCAUGGGCACAGUCAUGGCCAUGCACACAGCCAUGGCCAUGCACACAGCCACGACACCAGUGAGCAGCAGGAGAACCCCAGCGUCCGAGCUGCCUUCAUCCACGUGAUUGGGGAUUUUCUGCAGAGCGUGGGCGUCUUGGUUGCAGCCUAUAUUAUAUACUUCAAGCCGGAGUACAAGUAUGUAGACCCCAUCUGCACCUUCGUCUUCUCCAUCCUGGUCCUGGGGACAACCUUGACCAUCCUGAGAGAUGUGAUCCUGGUGCUAAUGGAAGGGACCCCCAAGGGCGUGGACUUCACAGCAGUGCGAGAUCUGCUACUGUCCGUGGAGGGAGUGGAAGCCUUGCACAGCCUGCAUAUCUGGGCACUGACUGUGGCCCAGCCGGUGCUUUCUGUCCACAUAGCCAUCGCUCAGAAUGCAGACGCCCAGGCUGUGCUGAAGGCAGCCAGUAGCCUUCUCCAGAGGAGGUUCCACUUCCACACUAUGACCAUCCAGAUCGAGGACUACUCCGAGGACAUGAAGGACUGUCAGGCAUGCCAAGACCCCAAGGACUGACUGCCUGGCCAGACACCAACUAGGGCAUAGACAGGACCUGCAGGUGAUGGGACUGACAGUCCUCCAGGCCCAGCCAGGACUCUGCCUCCUCUGGCUGUGUGUAAACAGCCCUGACCUCUGCUGCGUGCUCAACGUGGAGCCUGGACCUGCACUGGGAAUAGGCUCUUCCGGCCUCCCCAUCUGACUACAGCCAGCCCCAGGGUGGGGACUUGGCAGGUAUCAAGCUAGCUGACCCACUCCUCCAGCUCCUGGGUCAGCUGACAGGGCUGUGUUUGGGCUAAUGCUGUCCUAUCACCUGCAGUGGCAAAGGCAUUGCAGCACAGCGUGGGACAGCAGCCUCUGUGUUCCCUCACCUGCCUGCCUCAUUUCCUAUUUUCGGCCUGUCUGGGCUUUGCCUUACGAGUCUGUAAAGAAGCCCUGAGUCACUUUGUUGCCCUUGGUAGAGUGCCGUGGCAUUACAGCUCACAGCAACCUGCAGCUCUUGGGCUUAGGCAAUUCUCUUGCCUGAGCCUCCCGAAUAGCUGGGACUACAUGUGCCUGCCACAACACCCAGCUAUUUUUUGUUGCAGUUUGGCUGGGGCCAGGUUCGAACCCGCCACCCUUGGUAUAUGGGGCCUGCAUCCUACUCACUGAGCCACAGGCACCGCCCAAUAACUCAUUUCUUAAAAAACAAAACAGCAGUCCAAGAAGACAGUCCCCUCCUCCUGCCAAUAACACUAUGGUUUAAGGAAGCCAUAGGGCCAGGAGUUGUGGGGACCCCCACUCUCAUGUGGGUCCCCCUGAAGUGGGGAUUCAGGAGGCACCUGAGGCCUGUCUGGGCCUCAGUCACUUUAGCUGUAAGCCAAAUGUUUCCUUUCUUGUAGUGGGGAGGCUUCCUACUAAGCAAGAGGCUGGUUUCUUUUUUCCUUAUUCCCCCAGCCCAGGAAGCUGUGCCAACACAAAAACACCCUUGGCACAGGGGGUAGGAGGGGAUAGAGGUUUCAGCUUGAGUGCUACCCCAAGGGCCUCACAGCCCCCAGGCACUUCUCUUGCUCUGAGAAUGUCCUGGGGAUAGCAGAGCCUAAAGCCAGAUGUGAUCAGGACAGUUCUGUUGCCUCUCUGGCCUGCAGAUGGGGGAGAAAAAGGAGCUGGACACAGGCCAGGGGCCAGCUAGGAGGGAGACACCAACUUCCUAGGGCUGGCGUGUAAAAAAAAUUUUUGACCAACAGAGUGGGUUAUAAGUUGAAAAAGGGGAGACUUGUCCUGAUUCAUGGAGACAGUGUGCCCAGUUAUCAAGGGAGCCCUGCAUGAGAUGGUGUGUCUCUGCCAUUAUAAGCAAAUGUCCCAGGCAAGCUGGCCUCUUUGCCUUGUACUGUCAUCUGUAGAUUACAAGUGUUAAUAUGUACCUCACUCCAUUGAGGUAGUCAAAGUCUGCCCAGUACCUGGGAGUUGAUGAAGAGUGGUUGUUUUUAUUAUCCUGGAGAGAGGGGACUUUGGGCUAGGUGCAGUGGCUCAUGCUUGCAAUCAUAGUGCUCUGGGAGGCUGAGGCAGGAUUUCAUGAACUCAGGAGUUCCAGACCAUUCUGAGCAAGAUCAGGAUCCCAUCUCUAUUAAAAAAAGAAAAAUUAGCUGGGCUUUGUGGUGGGUGCCUGUAGUCCCAGCUACCCAGGAGGCUGAGGCAGGAGGAUCACUUGAACCCAGGAGUCAGAGGUUGCUGGGAGCUGGGCCGACACCACUGCACUCUAACCUGGGCAACAGAGUAGGACUCUGUCUCAAAGAAAAAAAAAAAAAGAAAGAAAGAAAGAGGGGACUCUGGUCCAAGGCUGUCUUGCUAAGGAGCUGGGUCAAGGGCUUCCCAAUCUCUGUAGGGGCAGUACUGAGUUUGUCUUGACUCCCUCCUGGCUCCAUGGUGGGAAAGGGAGGGGUUGACUGCUUCCUUCCUCUUUCCAAAAGAGAA